CAGUCCCACGAAAAAGUGGGCUAACCAGUAGCAACAGUAGCAACUCGUCCAGAGCUAACAAGGCCAACCUGGAAGGAGCGAUUUGCUACAGUUGCCAAAGCACAAGGUUGAUGUGUCGUUAUGUGGAGGGGGGAGCAUGGCCCGCAGGCGUUCCAGGCCCCUGUGGAUGUUCAUGCCAGUGCAGACGGGCAGGUGUACAUGUUCAAGAGGAGGACAAAUGAGUCCGCUGUGUCCUCGGACGAUGAGGAGCUCAGCGUUGUGGAGACAAGGCGGAUGAAGCGAGACAAUGUGAGGAAUGUCCAGCUGCUGGAGCGAGAGGUUUUAGACGGCGAUAGCCUCAACAAGCUUGCCCUGCAAUAUGGCUGCAAGGUUGCUGACUUAAAACGGGUUAACAACCUUAUGCAAGAACAAGAUUUGUUUGCACUGAAAGUUAUCAAAAUACCAGUUCAGAAGCACAGCUUUUUGACAGAAACACUCUCAGAACAACAUGAUCCUCAAGAGGAAGUACCUUGUUCCACUCAUGAUAGAGCUCCAUUUGAGCCACGUGUGCGGGAUGUCACAGACUUUCUGAUGGAGGUAGACAGCGACAUGGACAAACUGAUUCAGACCACCCCUGACCAUGAAGAAGAUUUCUCAGAAAACGCUGGGAGAUGGAGGAGAUGCGGUUUUGGAAGACGGCGUGUGAUGAGUCACGGCGCGGACUGGGGAAUCCAGUGGUGGAACGCUUUAGUAGCCAUGCUGUUAAUAGGGAUUGUUCUGCCAUUAUUUUAUUUGAUUUACUUCAAAACUAGGGUUAGCGGAGUAGUCUCACCAACUGUUUCGCAGUCAUCCGUCUCCUCUUCCAACACAACACAGACACACCGUAGCUAAACAACUUUAAGAACCUGGAUAGAUCAGGUGAAGAAAAAUCUAAAAUCCUUUUAUAUUUGGGUGAAAUAUAAAUACAAGAUGAAAAUAAGACUGGAGCUAAAAGUCUUUGCUUAAGAAAAUUUGUGUCUGAAUACCGGCAGUGAAUUUCAGUUGAAUCAAAACUUUAUUGCAGUGAAAGUAUAUUUAACCUCUUACAGAUUUCUUUGACUUUAGUUUUUUUUUUUUUUUUGUCUCUCAUUUUUCAGCGCUGCAAGCUCAUUUUAUUGUCAGAAAAAAAAGAAACCCAUCCUGUACAAAGAGAAUAUUUGAAGAUGGUGUCACAUAUAAUUUGAUUUAAUACACUUUGGGGGAAAACCUUUCCAAACCAACCUGGCUCUAUGUGAAAACGUAAUUCCCCUUAAGCCUUAUAACGGGUUAUGCCUCCUGGUUAUGUCGCUAUCAGACAAUUCAGUACGUUGUAAGUUAGUUUUUCAAUAAUCGCUGUUAUAAGAGUACAUUUUUUUCUUUUAUUUGUUUUAGACAUUCAGAGGUGAACUUAGUGGUGUGCUCUCAAUCAUUGUCCAAGUGCACUCGAGCUUAUUGUCCUGAGCUGAUGGCAGAAAUUCUUCCUCAGGAUGAGAUAAUUCAUGAUUUCAUCAGUAAUGUUAAAUCAUUCAGAUCCUAAAACAGCGAAGCCGCUCCCAGACCAUUACACCACCGAAACGGCUCUGAAACCCUUUCCAGACUGACGACUACUGUCGUGACAAACUUUGUUUCAUCUGGUGAUGAAUUCUUUACAACCAGACGUGAUGUGGCAGUAAUCUGGCUUGGGCAUGGUCUGUGAAACUGAAUGUGCUCCCUAAUGGUUCAUUUUUCUGACCGUGAAAUUGGUUUGAUGACUUAAAACAUUGUGACACAGAAAUCUCUAGGAGGGCAAGUAACUGUUUCACAGCAAAGUACAUGAAGCUUGAUUCAGAUCCAUUAGUAGCUGUCAUGAAGUGAAUUUCAAAUCCUCCAUACAGCUUCACAAUCAGGAACAUGUCUCAUCUGAACUAUAUUAGGUCAACGUUUUAGAUCUAUUGCACUACAGUAAGACAUUAGGCUUUUCCACCAGGAACAAUAAACCUGAGCUUCUUACGCUGUUAGAACCAUUCAAGUUUAAACUGUAUUUAAGAGAUUUUAAUGUAUUUGUUUGUAUUUGUUAUUUUGCUGCCAUAAUGCACCUCAUACCUAUUUGUCCAGAGGCUGACAGUGCUAAGUGUGAUUGUUUACAGUAACUAGGUGUGCAAUAUGUGUAACCCAUUUAAUCUUUAUCUUACCUCCUGCUACAUGUGAAACAGAAUGGGGUAUAUUUUUUAAAUCAUUUAUUGAUUGAUGAUCAAAGUCACAUUAAGUGCCUGACGACUUUGUUGUGAGUUGAGUUUGAACAGCCUGAAUGAAGAAUGAACAGGUGCUCAGUUUCAUUGGUUUGUUUACCUUUUGAAGUGUUACAAUAUAAGAAUGUUGUUAAAAUUAGAUUGAUAUCUGAAAUACAUGAUGUUUUUAGCAAAAUCUACAUGGAAAAGUGACUUGUGUGAAAGUAAUAUUGUUUUCUGCUUGGUCCAGAUUAAAUUGAAACUGAAAGUGG